UGGGAAUCAGCUGUCGUCUAACAGUUGGCCGGCGCUGCCCGUCACCUCACAAUGCGCUGUGAUUCACUUUAUUCAACGGACAUGUGAAAAAUAUUAUCAAUUAUUUUCAACUAGUUUUGAACUCAACAGUGCGUGAACUAUGGAUUUCGCUAUUAGGAUUUUUUUCAUAAUUUCCAUAUUCGGAACGUACUUUACAACUGCUGAAGAUUUUGGCUACGAUGGAUCGAUAGGUCCAAAUUAUUGGGGAGAACGGUACCAGGAGUGCAGAGGCAAGCAUCAGAGUCCCAUAAAUAUUAACGUGCUUCGCGUGAAACAAGUGGCUCUUCCUGACAUCACGUUUAUAGGCUUCGAUGACCCCAUUGACAAUGUACACGUCACAAACAAUGGACAUACAGUCCUGAUAGAGGUGGAGAAUGAGCCUCACCCUCGAGUAAGCGGUGGACCGCUAGACGGGACUUACGUGUUCAGUCAAAUGCACUUCCAUUGGGGCGAUAAUGAUACUUUGGGUUCCGAGGACAAAAUAAACCACAGAAGUUUUCCUAUGGAAUUGCAUAUGGUGUUCUACAAAGAAGAAUACAAUACAGUCAAAGAAGCCAUUACACACACUGAUGGAUUGACUGUCUUGGCAUUUUUCUAUGAGUUGGACCGGCAUCAGCAUCCAGCCUAUGACGACAUAACAGCCGCCCUCAGCAAUGUUACUGAACCGCACUCAAGCAUUGUUAUGAAUAACCCAUUUUCAAUUUUAAACAUUCUACCUUACGACCUUAGAAGAUAUUUCACGUACAGGGGGUCAUUGACAACUCCACCAUGCUCGGAAGUAGUCAUUUGGCUGGAUUUUGAACAACCCGUCCGUUUAACUCACGAUCAGAUCGAAGUAUUCAGAGAACUACGAUCGACCAGUGGAAAAAUUCGGCAUAACUUCAGACCAAUACAACCGAUUGGAGACAGAACUGUAUUCUAUAAUAUAGAUAGUAAUUAUUAUACUUAUAAUGAAAUUGAUGACCCUGAGGCUCACACUGAGUGGCCGCAGACAAGGAAAAGAGGGAACAGUGCUAGUAUAUCUAGGUUUAACUUAGGCUAUUUUAUCUUUAUGUUUAUAUUAUUUAAUGCCUUAGGUUAAUGUAAACAAUACAAAGGUUAUAGGUAGCAAUAAUGAGAAGCUACUGUAUAGUUAGAACCAUACACAAAACCAAAAUGUUGCAAGUGUAGAUUUCAACAAGAAAUGUAAAAUUAAAGAGAACAGCUGUAGCUGCACUAUAUUCGCUUUUUUAAAUUAUUAGCUGAAAAUAUAUGGAGUAAAGAAUCGGCCAUUCAACUGUGUCAACAUGUUGGCAUUCCUUUAACAUAACUCUUGUUUAGUAAGACAAAUUACUUCUUCAAUAUAGGGGCUCAAAUAUCAGAUAUGUAUUUCAAGUUAGCUACAGUAUAGAAGAGAUAAUAUUUUUAUUAUCUUGAUGAAAAGCUUAGAUGAACCCAUAUUAGUUUGAUUGUUAUUUUUUUUUAUUAUAACCAGUUCUAUUCCCACUAUUGAGUGUAAAACCUAGUAACAUAUAAGGAAUUUUAUCCUGGAAGUGUUGACAAAUAUCACAUGGGAUUGUCUUCCUGUUUUUCUAGGACUUUCUUCUAUAUACAGUAUGUAUAUGGACAAAUACUUUUUAAAGUAAAAUUAUUAUUGAUAAUAAAAUUAUGAAAUGUAAAUCAGAUAAAAUUAUAAUUGUCAAGGUACCCAUGUGCUAAUUAUUUCUAUUACUUGGUAUUUAUAAUAUAAAUAUUUCAUGUAAUUGUCAUAAAUAAGAUAUUGUAUGUGAUAUUUAUCAUUUAAGUGACUACUAAUGUGUGUAACAACAAUUAGAGAGGUAGUAUAUUAUAUAGGUUCUACUAUACAGAUGAAAAGCUAUCAAAUGAAUUUUCUAAAAAAUUCUUUGGAAAGCUAAAAGAAAUUAGAACUGUGAUAUCAUAUAAAUAAAAGAUUUAAAAAAGU